CGAGGUCAAGGCCGGAGCACCCUCCUCCUCCUGGUUUAAGCCGCGAGCAGUGAUCUGUGAAGCUCUCUUCUUCCCCUUCUCCUUCUCCUUUCCCUCCGACCAAUCCACCUCGAAUCCCAUCAACCAGAAGAAGAGAGCUCCCUGAGACAUACAUAUUUCUACUCCGAGAAGCCAAGAUGAAGACCACAAAGGGAGGCAAAAUCAUGAACCCUACCGACGCGUAUCGCAAAGAGCUUCGCAAGAAGGAAUUGAAAAGAAACAAAAAGGAAAGGAAAAAGGUGAGAGAGGUGGGAAUAUUGAAGAAGGAUCCCGAGACACUCAGGGAACAGAUAGAGAAGUUGGAAAAGAUGAAGGCAGAUGGUGCUUUAGAUAAAGCAAGAAAACACAAGAAGAGACAACUGGAGGACACAUUGAAUCUUGUUCUUAAAAAGAGGAAGGAAUAUGAAGACAAAAUGCGGGAGAAGGGUGAAGCACCAGUUAUGUUCAGUCAUUUGGGACCUGUCCGAAGGCGGACAAAUGCAGAAGAAGAAGAAAGAGCCAAGCACCCGAAACCUGAAGACUCAGUUUAUUAUCACCCUACACUGAAUCCUACAGGAGCACCGCCACCUGGAAAGCCUCCAAUGUUUAAAUCAUCCAUAGGACCAAGAAUUCCCUUAUCAGCCUCAACUAGUGAUGGUGCAUCAUCAUCGAAGUCAGAGUCAGAGGAUGUUGUUUUAGCUGUUCCUCCUCCUCCUCCACCACCUCCUCCUCUGCCUCAUAGUGGUGAUGCAGAUGCAGGAGAUUCAAUUAUACCUGCAUCUUUGCCUUUACCUCCACCACCUCCUAUGCCACCAAAACCGGUGGUGGCAGAGCUGGGUGCGCCAUUGCCUCUGCCUCCGUUGCCACCACCACCUCCUGGCCCCCCACCCAAAGAACAAGUUGGAGUUCGCCCUUCCCUGCCUCCACUGCCACCAGUGCAACAGUCUGCUCAGCCACCUCCACCUGGCACUGAUGGUGGUGAAAGGGAGAACAAUCAAUCUUCAAAGUCAGAUGAUACAACUUCCAAAGAACCAGUCCAAGCUCAGAACAUUCUCCCUCCACCUCCGCCACUGCCUGGAUUACCAUUGAAGUCGGCAGGUAAUCAGUCUGAAGUACCAUCUGAAUCUGAGGCCAAAAGUUCUUCAGGGACCAAAGAUUUUCCCAAAUUGGUUCCCCCUCCGCCUCCUCCAAGGCAACAGCCCGCAGUACCCAGGCCUGCACUGGUCCAAAAUUUACAGCCAGAUGUGUUACCCCCAGGAAUUUCACGAUUCCCCCCACCCCCACCCCCACCAGAUAUAAUGCCACCAUUAGCUGCACCUGGGCUAGGCCAAGCUGCUCCCCCUGGCAUGAUGGUUCCUCUGAUCCCAAGGCCACCUUUUGGACCUCCCCCUGGGCAACCCCCUAUGAUGAGACCACCACUUCCACCUGGGCCCCCUCCAAUUCCACAAGAAGAUUACACUGCAAGACCUCCAAUGCCUCAGCAUCCAUCAUAUGUCAAAUCAGCUGCAUCUACUGUUGUCAAGAGGCCACUGGCUCAGCAUACUCCAGAACUUACAUCUAUGGUUCCAGCAUCUGUACGCGUGAAGAGAGAGGCUGCCACUACAAAACCCAAACCAAAGGCAGCGCUCUCAGCAGCGGCACCAGUCAACAAACCAGCAGUCGCACCGACUGUCAUGAGACCAGAGCCGGUUAGUUCCUCUACAGCACCGAAGGCACAGAGCAUCGAUGACUCGUACAUGGCCUUUUUAGAGGACAUGAAAGCAUUGGGUGCUCUUGAUGGUUAAUUUGAUUUUACCAGAACUUCCCAAACAGGAUGGUAGAGGAACGAGGAAACAAACAUGUACAGGCCAGUCAAUUGGAUAUCUGCUUUUCCCUUGGUCAGAAUCAUUUGUUCUUGUUCAUGGCCUCAAGAUUCUUCUUUGUAAUACUGUCUUGGAACCUCUCUUAGCAUUUUCUAUGAUAUUCAGACUUAGCUCAGGCUUUGAUAUAAUCAUGUCACAGCAGAAGUAGGGAUCCAACAUUGAAGUUUUAAGAAAUAUCCUGUUCUUUUUUGUGUUGCCAA